CCAAUGCGUUUCUUCCCUCCAUCCCCAUCCCUGGUUCAUGCAUCUUUCAUCCAACGUACUCCUACAAUUCAAUUGUACUGUACGUCAGUAUCCCGCAAUAACUUGUUUGCUUGCUUCUCACAAAGUGUACUGUGUGUUCUGCCCAAGUUUUCCAACCCCCCCUUCUCCAACAGAUUCAAAUUUCAAAACAGACAGCCACACCACAAUAUUUGGGCGACGACCAAUUCAAACCAAACUUAGUAGUCGCCGGGGGGUUGUGGAUUCAUCCAUGCUAAUCACAAAACAGUAUCUGAAAUGAGUUUGGUUUAUGUUAUUAUUAUCAAGGAAAAAAAAUAAAACUAAAUAUGUCUUCGUCCAAUGGGUAUAUUCUUACACAAAUCCUUCAUUAUUUCUGUGUCAUUUUCAGAAGCAUUCCAUACAACUAUCAAUUUUUUUAAUUGGUUCGAAACAAUGUACAAAUAUAAUUCGUAGAUUUAACACAUUUCAAUUAUUUUUAUAUUCAAUCAGUUCUAGAAACAUUCCACAUACAUUUCAUACAUUCCACAUACAGUUGGUCGAUCUGAUAAUUGAAGUUACAUUUUUAUGAAGAAAAAUAUGAAGGUUUUUCUAAAUUUGAAACCAUCUUGAAUUUUGUAAUUGUGGGAAAUAAGCAUAUUUGAAACUAUUGUGAGUCGCCGUGUUUAGAUAAGAGGUUGCCUGGUAGGCUAGUCGCACAGGUGCGCGACGGUGAUGUCAAUCUUGGUCGGUAAUGCAAGGCACACCAUCGUUCGUGGCUGCAUGCACUCUUUAUCCACGGCAAAAUUCCCCCCUCUCCGUUCCAUCCUCGAUAAAAUGUGACCAAGACAAAUAUUAUCAUAGAACUGCCUUAGUUUUUCUAUUUCAGUUAUUUCGUCAAUUCAACCACUAAUGCUUCAUGCUUUUUCUAUUUCAGUUAUUUAGUCAAUUCAACCACUAAUUCCUCCUUCAUUUCCUUCUUCUUCUUUGAAUCGCCUUGCCCGAUGCCGCUCGAACCGCCUGCUACUGCAAGGCUAGUCACUUACUCCGUGUUGCCGCCGCUCCCAACCAUCUUCAUAUCCAUCGGUACAACCUCCCGGCAUCCCUCUUCCGUCCUGAACCUGUCAAUUUCCAACUGACCUCUAUCGGGCGACGUCGUUGCCGCGUCGUACCUGGCUCCAUACCGUGCCUGGAUCGACCUCGCUAGUGGCCCCACGCCUCGUUGUCGCUCAUCGUGACACUCCGUAUCGGCCUCAUGGCUUCACACAAAAUCAACCGACACAAAUGCAAUAUAAAUUAUUAUCAUGCUAGGAGGAGUAUAUACCGAAAAAGGGUUUCCCCCCGCUUUAUAUUCCAAAGCACCAACACCGAUCACAGAGCAAACGCUGGGGCGAGCAGCACAACAAGCCAAAGAAAAAGAAAAAGAAACAAUGCCAACACCGGCAGCUCGACAAAGCGCGGAUGACCCACUACCGCUGCGCCCUCCGAAACCUACCCACCACGAUCCUAGGCUCCGAUCCUCCGCGUACCAAGCAGCACCUCCAGGAAGGAAUGCGACGCCGACGACGCUGCUGCCCGGACGUGUCCUAGGGUUUCUCCCGGCACGCGGAGGGUAGAGGGGAAUGAAGACCACUGACACCCUCCAGGGAGGACUGGUGGCACCCGCAGGUGUCACCGCAUCGGAGUCGGAAGACCCGACAAGGAUUUCUCCCAACUCCAAACCCCACCGCCCAACCGGAUCGGAGCCAACUAGCCCGCUCGCCGCCCACCAGCAUGCGCCACUGCGGGCGCAGCGCCACCCACGCCGUCUCACUGAGAUCACCACCACGAGGCCAAGAGAACAAGGAGAGGAGGCGUUGGUCGACGGGAGCAGCAGCGCCGUAGUCGCGCGGGAGGGAACCACCUCCUCCGCCGUCGUGCAGGAGGCUCGUGCCUCCGGCACCGUCGCGGUCGCUGUCCGGACGCAGCAGCAGGGCAUACCAGGCCACCCCUGGCCCGACCAGGCCCAAAUCAGGCCCGCUAAGCCCCUCCGGCCACGCUGCAGCAGGGCGGCGCCCACCGCCCAUCGCCGCUCCCCCGCCUCCUAGAAUCCACGCCGCCGACCCGCCCGCCGUCGGCCCGCACAGACCUAGAUGGGGCCCGAAGGGCCUAGAUCUGGGCGAGCGGGCGCCGCCUAGCCGCGCCGCCGCGCCACCCCGCCGCCAACGGCGACGCCACCGUCCAGCCGAUCUCCCGCGCCGCGCCAGGAAGCCCCGCCGCCACGUUGGACUGCCGUCGCCUAGGGAGCACCCACCGGCGCCCUCCGCCCUGCGUCGGAGAGCAACCGUGAGGGGAAUGGCAGGGGGCCCCGCCAGCAGCGUCGCCCGGGCCAGGCCCGGCAGCAAACGCCGGCGACGGCGGCGAGGAGGGGGAGAGAGAGGGAGAGCUGGCGAAGGAGGAACCGGGGCGCGGUCGGUCGCCCGCGGGGCGACGCGGUCGCGAGAGGGUAAGGAUGAAAAAGAAAACAGUAAGCAAAGACUUUGGCAGGUCAAGUCAAGCAAAAUAUUGGUAGUCCUACUACUAGACAAAUAGUGUGCGUCCAGAUCCAUUCCAGCACUUAUUACACCAAUCACUCACUCUCUAUUUUCUCACUCUCACUCCACUGCUCCCCUGCUCUGCUCUACUCUCCACUCCCCGGCAACUGCAAGCCCUGCUGCUCCUCAUCUCCGCCUCGCCGGCCGGCAGCGCAGCGCAGCCCCCGCCGCCUCCUCCCCUGCCAGAACCGCCGUCGCCUCCCCCCCACUCUCCCAUCACCACGGCUCCCGGAUCAGGACCAGCCGCACCGUGCUGCCGCCGCGCACAGCAGCAGGUCGCAGCUAGCUAGGCGUCAGCGGCACCGGUCACCGACGGCAGAGGCAGGCAGCGCACAUCACCGGCGGACGACCUGGUGCGCGCGCGUCAACGUACGCACCACUCAACCCAAGACCAAUCCACAAGGGAAAGUUUUUGCAGCUAGCCAGGACAUUAAUUUGUGGCUACCAGCAACCAAGAUUUAUGUACGAUCACAUUUGACUCAUUCCAGACAGCCCGUUUGCAGCUAAGAAGCUAAGCCUGGACCUCAUCUGCACGCAUCAAGGUGCAGGCACGCACGCCCAUCCGACGAUGUACGCCGCCCUCAGCACGGCGCAAUGGGUGGUGGGCAAGGCGCUGGCCCCCGUAGCGGAUGGUGUGCUCGGGGCUUGGGCAGCCGCCAGGAACUUUGGUCCCACUGUCGAGGCCCUCAGCACGGAAUUGUUGCUCGUGAAGGCCACGCUCGAGCAGGCUGCCCUCAAGGAGCUCAGUGGCCCCGCCAUGGAGAUGCUGCUGCAGAAGCUGCGGAAUUUGGCGCACAGUGCCGAAGAUUUGCUGGACGAGCUGGACUACUUCCGCAUCCACGAUGAGCUGCACAGCACAUAUGAUGCAGCAGAUCACCAUGGCGAGGGUGGCGUCCACGACCUUGCCCUCAAUGCUCGCCACACGGCCAAAGCUGUUGGCAAAAUGGUCAACUGUUGCCCUUGGCAGCGUGCUAAGCACACACAGAGGACACACGACGAUUCCUCUUUGGCCCCAAACACCAAUCGGAAGCUCAGCAGAUGCAUGUCCAACCUCGGGGGAAUGGGGAAGACAACUCUGAUACAACACAUAUAUCACAACCAACAAGUGCAGAAUCAUUUUCCAGUCAAGAUUUGGAUAUGUGUGUCAUUCAAUUUCAAUCUGGAGAAGGUGCUAGAACAAGUCAAAAGGUAUACCCCUGCAGUUGAAAGUGAAAAACACUGUAGUACAACAGAAGAGCACCAUUUACUGCACUUCACGCAAUCGAGCAGCCCAAGACGCUCUUCAAAUGAUGGGAAGAUGACCAAAGUGGUAGCGGUGUAUGGAAUGGCUGCGGAACCAUCCAGUUCCAAUCUAACUUUUCCAUCAGGCCUUCACGCAGUUGGUAAACCUCUGAUGUUGUACAAACUGAAGUUUCUCUUUUGAAGUAUAAGUACACUCACCAAAAAGCCGGGAGAGGAGAAGAUGAUUGGUGGUCGGUCACCACAUAUUAGACAUGCUACGUGUAUUGUCAUUGUCAUCAUGUGAUAAUAAAACACUAUGUCACACCACAUAUUAGACAGUCUAUGCAUAUUAUCAUGAGAUCUCAUCAUCUGAUAAAACAUUCUACCACAUCCUUUUAUUUACGUCCUGAGUUAUAAUAACGGCACACUUUCCCUUCUA